CUUUUUCUGGCCUUCUUUGUCAGAAUCUCCCACUUCUUCCAUUUUCUAGGGUUUCUCUCUCUCCCUUCUUGCAGAGCUGCAAGGGAAAACAAAAUGGGGUCUGCCGCCUUACCGGGCGAGAUGCUACAGACCAGCUUCGAAGAUUUUCAACAGCAGACAUCGUUGAUGACAAGUUGUACUCUGUUAUGGAAGGAGCUCUCUGAUCACUUCUCCUCGUUAGAGCAAGAUCUCCUGAAGAAAUCUGAAGCUUUGAAGGAGAAGAUUAAGAACCUAGAUAACAAGACUAAGGAAACCCUUGACGUUCUUGAGAAGCGUGAGGUUUCCAUCGAUGGAACCGUUGAACAGGCGCUUGCCAAAGUUGAGGAACGCAAGGAGGCGGCUUUGAUUGCGAUGCAGAAAGGCGGGAAGGAGGAGUUUGGUGAUGGUGAAGAUGGUGUUCUAUUGAAGUUGAGAUCCUUUUGUACGAAGAUGGAUUCUGCGGGUUUUUGGAAGUUUGUGACUGUCAGGAAGAAAGAAAUAGACGCGCUUCGAGUUAAGAUCCCAUUAGCGUUGUCUGAUUGCAUUGAUCCUCCGAAGUUUGUUAUUGAGGCGAUUUCGGAGGUUUUCCCUGUUGACAAGAGGGCUGAGAAGACUGAGCGGACGAACGAUCUGGGUUGGGCUUGUGUGUUGAUUCUGGAGUCGCUCAUUCCUGUUGUGGCGGAUCCUGUUCUUGGGAAUUCACGCCCCGUAGUGACGCCGAAGGUGAAGGAAACGGCAAAGGAGAUUGCUGCUACUUGGAAGGAGAGUUUGGAGCAGCGUGGAGGGAUCGAAAAUGUCAAAACGCCGGAUGUUCACACGUUUAUACAGCACUUGGUGACCUUCGGGAUUGUCUCCAAGGAGGACGCCGAUUUGUAUCGGAAGAUCGUGGUUGCUAAUGCUUGGCGGAAGCAGAUGCCCAAACUUGCGGUUUCACUUGGACUAGGAGAUAAAAUGGCUGACAUGAUUGAAGAAUUAAUUAGUAGAGGGCAGCAGGUUGAUGCAGUGCAUUUUACCUAUGAGGUCGGUCUUGUAGACAAGUUUCCACCUAUUCCACUACUAAAGGCUUACUUGAAGGAUUCAAAGAAGGUUGCAAAUUCUAUUUUGGAGGAUCGUAACAACCCUGGAAAAGCAGCGCAUCUAGCUGGACGUAAGGAGCAGUCGGCACUUCGGGCUGUCAUCAAGUGCAUUGAAGAGUACAAACUUGAAUCUGAUUUUCCACCAGAAACACUCCGGAAGCGCCUUGAACAACUAGAAAAGGCCAAGACUGAAAAGAAAAAGCCAGCUGCAGUUCCUGCCAACAAGAGAACACGAGCCAGUAAUGGAGGCCCCAUGCCUCCGGCCAAGGCUGGCCGCCUGGCAAAUGCAUAUGUAUCCUCUUUCCCAGCAGCCCCUACAUUUGUGCGGUCUCCUUCCCAUGGGCAAUACCCUACUGGAGUCCCUCCUUACGCUUACGAGAGAUCAGCAGCACCGACCAUGUAUGGCAGCAGGAGUCCUCCAGCUGUUAGGGACCAUUAUGGUUACCCUCCAGAAGAAGCAGCUCCUCCUCUUGCUGGGUCUUAUCCAGGAGCUCCCAUAAAUUAUUCAGCGUAUAGUGGCUAUGGCAAUGGUUUGGUACCGGGGUAUCAACAGGCAUACUACCGAUAGGACAUAAGGUCCGGAUCAUGCGAGAGAUCAAAAAGAUGGUAACACUGAUGAUGACCUCAACCUCUUUUGCUUCCAAUGGUUUGUAGUCACUAACCAUGUAUGUAUCUAAGUUUGUGUGUUGUGAUUAAUGGGUCUAUGUCUUGUUCAAAAUGAAGUUGUAUUUCUAGUCUUUGAUCAAAACUUGUAGUAUUAGGUGGUUGUGAAAAGUACUUAAAAAAAGGCAGUUUAACUCAGACGACUCGGGGAACACCAUUUGAUGUAAUUGCUAUGUCAAUGGGAAAGAUCCAAGCAAGUCUUUGCUUUGUUUGAAUAAGUGAAACA